AUGGCCCAGGACACUACAGUGCCCAAACUCAACUUUGAAUAUUGGUUGGACAAAGCUAUUGAAUGGGGUCAAGUCACCAAGCUGGAAGCCCAGAAAGAUGUGUGCCUGCACUUGCCUCAGCUCCAGGAGUUUCUACUUGAGCUUUAUGAGACUUUGAAACAUAUGGGUUCAGCUGAAGUGAUCCAGCAGUUUCCUUUAAUUGGACAGCUUCUAGGAAGGCUCUGUUGGAAUCCUUUUGUUAUAGGAUAUGAUGAAAGCCAGCAGACUCUGAUGUGGUGCUUAUGUUGUCUGUACAGCAGUGAACCACAGAACCCUGUGGAACUGAAGGCAAACAACUGGAUACGGAGUUUGUUGUGCCAUCUCAUUUCUUCUUCUGAGUGGGAAGGUAAUGAAGCUGAAACCAGUUCAUUCAUAUCAGCUCUGGGCUACACGUCAGCAGAUUAUUAUUGUCACUUAGUUAAAAAUGUAAUCUCUUCAUUAGUAACAGAACUCAGAGGAAAUCAGUUCAAUGGACUUAGCAUUCAGGGGAGUGUUUCAGCCAGUCGUGUGAAUGCUGUGUCCAUUUUCUGUGUCCCUCUCAUCACCUUGCCUGAUCUAGCUCCAUUGCUGGAAACUCUGCUUCUUUACCAUGGUGGUUCAUCAAAAGAAGUUCUCAGUUCAGAGUUUUUAGAGGCUGUGAAUGAAGCCUUUUUAAA